AAAUUCAGUAAUAUUCAACAUUAAACAGAAACAAAUAUGUGUGGCAUGUACGGAAUUUAAUAGAAGAGGUUAUCCUGCACGUUAUUGGUAUUUUUAUAAGGGAUAAAAAUUAAUUAAUGCAUAUAGUGCUUUACGAAUUUGUUGUGUAUUUUCACCAUCUACAAAAAUGAGUGAUCCUACAGUAUCUGUGUCUAAGGGUGUCUUCGUUUUUAAAAAUGGUUUUAAACCAGGGUCGACAAAAUCAAAAAACAAGAAUAAGCAAAGUAGUACCAAAACAUACAACAGUAUUUUAGAAAAUAAAUUGUGGUAUAAAUCGUACUCUAAAUUGUGGAACAAAAUCGAAAAGAAGAUUCAGGCAUUAAACGAAGAGACUUUCUCUUCAGUGUUAAGUAAUCUCGUGAAAUUUAUCAAAAACAGUUACGAAACUCCCGUUUCUGAAAUUCCAACAGCGACACUGUUAACAGGCAUAAACAUGCCAGAUCAUACAGCGCUCUUUGGAAGUUUAACAAACGAAAUUGAAAAACAUGUUUCUCCUCAUUCCGCUAUUUUACACGCCGAAGAUUGUAACAAUUUAAAAAAUAUGAUCGAAAAUAUGAUUGGACAGUUCGUGAAUGUCGAAAAAUUUUCAGGGGAUGAUUCGUCUGACUCCGAUGAAAAAAUUAAUACACGCAUUAAAAAAAGUCAAUGUACUUUUUCAUUGCUUCAAGGCUGGUACGAAGCGAGCUAUCCCAUUGAAAGUCCUAAGAGGACUAAAAAGCCUCCUAAAAAAAGGAAAAUAUUAGUAGUUGUUAUCCCAGACUUUGAAAGUUUUAACGAUAAAAUUCUCCAGGAUUUUGUCCUAAUUAUAAGCUCUUACCUUAACGUUUUACCAUUUGCACUUGUCUUUGGGGUGGCAACUUCCACAUCAGCUUUACAUAAGUCACUUCCGCAUCAUGUGUCUUCAAGAAUAAGCGUAAAAGUAUUUCAAUCUCAAACCAGUGUUGUAUAUUUGAAUAAUAUUUUAGAAAAUAUAUUCCUGACAGCUGACUGUCCAUUCCACUUAGGUGGAAGGAUAUUUUCAUUAUUCAUUGAUCAAUUUUUGUUCUACGACCUGUCAGUGAAAGGCUUUAUACGAAACGUAAAGUAUGCAAUGUUGGAGCAUUACAGUUAUGGAAAUGCAAUGGCUCUUUGCACUGAUCAAAAGCAUUUAAAAUCUUUGCUAAACGAAUUCACUCAUGACGAUUUUGAAAAUGUACGACAUUUAAUAUCAUUCAGAAGUCUGGUUGAAAACGAACAACCCGACAAUCGCAUAAAACUUUUAACAAACGAUGAUUUUUUAAAAGACGUGCUGCAUCAGGAAAUUACCACUUUUCUCGAAUAUUUGAGAACAUUCCAUUUAUUUUUAAAAUGUUUGUACGUUCUGGUACAGGACUUGCCAAAUAAUCCUUUGGGGAAACAGUUUCGAGAGCUGUACAGAACUUCUGUGAAUGAACUUAUUACGUCAACUGAUGAGUUCAGGCAGAGUUUCCGGCUUUUAGGGUUUCAGUCAAAAGACGAGUUGUUAAUAAAACUGACAUGGAUAGCUCAUCUAAUCGGAUCGGAGGGAAACGACUCGGUUGGAAUUAAAAAAGUAAUUAAAACUUUAAACGCAUUCGUUAAACAGAUCGAAAACUUUAACUUAAAAAUGGAAGAAAGUGGUGAUGAAGAAAACGACGACGUUGUUGUUGUCACGAAGGCAAAAAGUCGACAAGAAUUAAAAGAAAAAUUAUUAAAAAUGACCCACGAAAGUAAACCUCUUAAUAAAUAUGAAAAGAUGAGGAAAGAAUUGCUUACAUUUUUGACACAAACAUUCGAAAAAUAUUUGAAUACACCUAAGGAGUUGCCAUUUCAUGAAAUAUUUAUUUUUAAUGAUAUUUCCAUAAGACAACACAUCGAAGGGAUACAAAUGGCUUCCUUGCAUGAAGCUUUAGUAAAUCCACAAGCGUAUUUACAGUGUCAGUGCUGUACAUUACCGAAUAAUUCUUCAAUAUUAAAAACAAUGCCCGAUGUUUGUAUUUUAUAUAAACUUCAUCUUGAAUGCGGAAAACUGAUAAAUUUAUACGACUUGUUACAAUCGUUUCUUGUGAUUGUUGAACCUGAAAAUAACGAAGAUUGUAAAGCUAUAAAACCAGAAUUGCAAGCGCGAUUUACUCAGGCUGUAGCAGAACUGGAAUACUUGGGAUUUGUCAAAAGUUCCAAAAGGAAAGCUGAUCAUGUUACUAGAUUAACUUGGAGUGCAUAAUUAGCAUAUCUAAUAAAUUCGCUUUUUUGUGUUU